AAAAACUUCAGCGGGAUGGCGCGGAAACUUGUCCCAGCAGCAUACUGCCUUGCUGUCACUGUGUGAAAGUUGUGUUUACAUUUUUGUGUGACGGUACUGACGCUGUACAUCAUGAGUGUGCUGGAGGUGAAGUUCAUCGGGGAUGGCGAUGUCCUGGAGCACAUCGUGGACAAGCAGGAGGGUGCGCAGAGCAUCACCGGGUCCGUUCAGAAGAUGGUAAAGUUUAAGAGCCCGGCUGGACGACGGGGAUGCGGAGAGGAUGCGGAACAUGAUGGAGAUGAAAAUGGAGUCCACGAUGAGCAGGAUUAUGUCCAAGCUUUAGGAACAGAUAACGCAGAAGAAGAUGAAGAUGGCUUGUCAAGAGUGGCUGGAUCCUCCAUCUUUACCUUUCAGAAAGUUAAACGCAGCCACAGCAUGGCCCAAACCGCAAGUGAGCUGGCUCGGACUCCUGGAAAAAGCGUGAGCUUCAGCACGACCCCAAACUUUGAACCCUCAACCCCCAGUCGAACGGGGCGGAACCCUAGAGGUGAAAGCAGAACACCACAGAAGCAGAGCAAAAAGGUCCAGUUUGUCUCUACAACACCACACAGGCUCAGGAAGAGAAUAGCAACUCCGAGCUUGCGGUCAGACAGCGACAGUGAGCUUUCACCCUCUGACUCGGGUGAGGAGGAGGAUGAAGAUGGGCUGGAGGAAGAGCAGAAAGGAAAUAAAGAGGAUAAAGAGAACGUGACCACCCCGAGAACUCCCAGUAAAGGUUUAUCAGCAGCUCUCUACAAGACUCCUGCCAAGAAGAGCAAGAGCACGCCCGAACCUCAGAACCAGCCCAGUAUGGUUGAGGAGUACUUUGAAGCUCACGGCAGCUCGAAAGUGUUGACAUCAGACCGAACUCUGGAGCGUUUGAACACCCCUAAAAUUGACAGGGAAACGUUGGUCCGACUUCUGGAGGGGAAACAAUCCUGCUACUCAAAAGAGAUCCAGCAGCUGCACGACAAACACAGAAUCCACUUUAGCAAAUGGAUGUUACAGUUACAGCUGGGAUUCAGCGUGCUGGUCUACGGUCUGGGAAGCAAAAAAGCUCUGUUGGAAGACUUCAGGGAGUCUCAUCUGUCGCAAGAAAUUCACCUUGUGGUUAAUGGAUUUUUCCCUUCCAUUACUCUUAAAUCAAUAUUAAACGCGCUGACGUGUGAGGUUCUGGAUCACCAGGGAACUUUCCGAACCCCCUCGGACCAGAUCCAGUUUAUCUCCCAGACCUUAAAAGACAGCCCAGAUCUGCACGUCUACCUGCUCAUCCAUAAUAUAGACGGACCCAUGCUGCGAGGAGAGAAGACCCAGAGUGCACUGGGGCAGCUGGCAUCCCUGCCAAACUUGCACAUGGUGGCUUCUUUAGACCACAUCAAUGCUCCACUGGUGUGGGACCAGUUUAAGCAGAGCCAGUUUAACUGGCUGUGGUGGGAAUGUGUGACGUUCCAGCACUACUCGGAGGAGACGUCGUAUGAAAACUCCCUCCUGGUGCAGCAGACUGGCGCUCUGGCUCUGUCCUCCCUCACACAUGUGCUUCGCAGCUUAACACCCAAUGCAAGAGGAAUCUUUAAACUGCUGGUCAAGUUCCAGCUGGAAAACAAAGAUAAUCCUUCAUACGCAGGAUUGUCAUUCCAGGAUUUCUACCAGCGAUGUCGAGAGGCAUUCUUGGUGAACUCUGACCUCACGCUGAGGACUCAGCUGACCGAGUUCAGAGACCACAAACUGAUACGGACACGCAAGGGAGCAGAUGGAGUAGAGUACCUGAUUGUUGCUGUGGAUGCAAGCACACUGAUGGAUUUCCUGGAGAACGAGGAGGGUGACUGAGUGGACGAGACUUCAGACUUAUGAAUAAUCUCUUCCAGCAGAUGUGCAGCAGCACAGUUACAUUUGAAAAAGAU